GGUUGGUAGUUAUUUGUAUUGUAUAUAUGUUAAAUUACUAUAUGUUAUAUUUAUACUGUUGCUACUGACAGCAAUGCGGUUUUUAAAGGGUUUUGUAGGUUGUGCAUUUUCUUAAAUACCGAACAUACAAUUUAACUUAGAUUGUCAAAGAUAGUUUAAUUUCAUCAAAAUGUAAUAAAAGUAGUGUUAAUAAUGUUUAGGUGUUUUCAUAUCGAUGUAUAACGCGUUGUUAAUAAAACUUAUGUCUCUGUUUUUGUUGUCCUGUAAUUUUAAGUUAAACAUUGAAUGUUCGACAUUUAUAAUGCAUCGUUAUGCUUCGUUUAAUUCUGCGCGUAAAUCAAUGUUCCAUUUUGUUUACUAGUUCUCAAAUACUCUGUAAUUAACACCACAAAAAGCAAUGGCGUGGGUAUUCAACACAAACAUUAUAGCAUGUUAUAGGUGCAUGCAUAUAAAGUACAUGACAAAAGAGAAUGAGAAUACUUCAAGGUACUGCAGACAGUGACCAUUAAACUAUAUAUCAUAAUAUGUAUACAGUUUACAUAUUGAAAUUUUCGAAACAUUAGUAUUCAAGUAUUAAUUUAAAUAUAUCAGAUUAUUCAUUGAAUGGAAAAAUUAUUUUCAAUUUUAAAAAUUGAUCACGUUACAAUAGAUUUUUUAAAACGGAGGAGCAAUUGCAUAAUUUAUUUCAUGGUCUUAUAUACUUGUUUGAAAACGUGUUUUGGUUGAACAAAAUGUUUAAAAACUGUAAAUGUAUUUACUACGUUAGCGGUAACUUGAGGAUUAUAAGAGUAAUAUUAGGCAUGGGCUUGGUAACUCGUGCGUAAAUAAGGAAGUUUCCUCGUGUAAUGCUUGUAUUGAAUUGAUUAUUCGACGUUCAGAAAUGAUAAACUAAGCAUCGAAUUCAUUAAUGUCAAAUUGGCGUUGACUCUGGCUGCUUUUACAUAUAAUUGUUGUUCUAUACAUCUUUUUUUACCGUGACGCUGUAUUUUUAUUUGUUUUCUUUCUUUUAUUCUAUUAUUAUGGAAGUUCAAGGGAUGUUGUCUUAGAGCGGGUGCAGCAGUGAUUUUACAUAUGACGUCAGUGUUUAAUAGUGUGUUGUUUUUCAUAUUUGGGAUAUGUAUGAGAGCAUAGGAGCCAGGUACUUAAGCUGGAACAUUUGAACUUUUAGCUGUGUAUAUCGAAUCGUAUUCAGAUCAGAAGGCAAGGAAGAUAAAAUGUGAUAAAUCAACAUAAAACGUUGAAAAUAUGCUUCAGUACCUUUCGCCUUCACUCGUUGCGUCCUCUAGAGUGUCUCGCUCCAAAUGCACCUGUAACGUAUUCCGAAGUAUGACCUCUCGCCACCGAAAGUGUCGUUGCAUAUUGUGUCUAUUAAUUGUAACUAGUAUCUCCGUCCUAUGCAGCGUAAUUCUAGUCAACAUAUGGCGACUGUGGGUGGGAGAUUCAACGUGCCACACACAGAUCGACACAGGCCUGGAUUUAACACAUGUAGAAUUUCCGAGGAGAAUUCACCAGUGUUUCUUUGGAGUUGAUUCGCUGAAAAUGCCGGCACGUUUUGGGCGUGCGAAAUAUGUUUGGAGCAAAGAAUAUUCUUUGAAAUUUGGUUACAACUACACGCUUUGGAAUGCCGGAAUGGUCGAACGGCUUAUACGUAAUGACUAUCCCUGGCUUGUGCCUACAUAUAGCAGUUAUGGACACUGGGUGAGGCGGGUUGAUGCCGCCAAAUACGCGAUUCUACACAAAUAUGGAGGCAUAUAUGUUGAUUUGGAUAUCAGAACUUCGGGAAAAGAUCUGUAUGGCAUUUUUAGCAAACUGUCCAAUCGCACCAGUAUGAUAAUGUACAAGACACAGCCCGCUGGUGUAGGUGGCGAUUUCUUAAUCGCAAAACCUGGAGAUCCGUUCCUUUGGUACAUUCUCUGUGGACUUUUGAGCGCCAACACAUGGUGGCUGCUGCCUUACCUGACCACCAUGAUGUCGACGGGGCCGGGCUACUUAACGGUACGUGAACGCACGUUCAAACGGCGCGACACGUUGCACUUAUUAACAUCCCGUGAGCUUGACCCGUACAUACGUCACAUCCGGGGCUCCACGUGGCACCAACUGGACGGACAGGUCAUCUGGUGGGCCUUUAGUCAUAUAGACAAGAUCAUAUGUUAUACAGCUGUUGUAUUUAUGGUUGUAAUAUGUUUAUUCAUUUUGAAACUGCUUUUGAAAUACAGUCGAAAACAUCAAUACGUACAACAGCUGGUUACAAGUAGGUGUCAUCGCAUACGCUAUUGUAAAUAACAAAGGACCAUUAUGAAACCAUAUAAAUAAGCCUCGUAAGUUGCAUUGACUCAAAUAAAAAUGUUGAAUUAU